AUGGCAGACCCGGCACAGCAUCAGCCGCCAAACAUCUCAUCCACAUACCCCAACCCGCCUGACUUUCUCUGGCGUGACUUCAGACCCGAAAACGUUUCGCGUUACGACGACCUCAUCAAGAAAUGGCGCGAGGAUCACCCAGAAGCCGACUCGCAUGACAACAUCCUCAUACCGGACCUCCCAGAUGACCUCAGGCAUCUGCAGCCACCGCCUGAGCCCAUGGAAGGUGUAUGGAAGCUCUACGGCGACCGCUUCACUCUCAAAGAUGAGCUACCCACCCUCGAGGAGAUGGGCGUGCCUCGCCUCGUCCCCGGCGCAUCCCAGCCCACACCCGCCAGCCACUCCUCCUCGGACGCCAACCGCGAGCGGGCUCUGAAUCUGAAACGGCUCGCAAAGUCCGUCCUGCUCAACUUCCUGGAGCUCAUCGGCGCUGCCAGCAUCAACCCCGAGGGCAUCCUCGACAAGGCCGGCGACAUCCAGACCAUCCUCUUCAACAUGCACCACGGCAUCAACGAGUACAGGCCCCACCAGGCGAGGGAGAGCCUCAUCCAGACCAUGCAGACCCGCCUGGACCAGAUCCGCGCCGAGACGGCCGCCGUCAACGCGGUCACUGACAAGGCCAAGCGCGUCCUCGAGGGGCUGGGCAGUAUCGAGGUGCCGGCGCCGAGCAGGGCUAGUCUGCUGGAGGCCCAGGCUGGCGGCGACAGAGAUGUGGCAUACGACCAGGAGGACGAGGAGCUGUGGGACGACGCAGCUGAUCUUGCCUGA